AUGAAGAUUGAUCCGGACUGCAUUCGCCGCUUGUUGACCACUCAGCACGGGACCAACGAGCAGCUGCCUCUUCGCUCUCCCAUUGACAAGCGCGUGAUGUGUGGAGUCCUCGGAAACGUCAAGCCCAGUUAUGACCUGGCGAGGAGCCCGAACUCUGCUGCGCUCACGGCUCCUGGCGCUCUCCUCGUAACGGUCCCUAGAGCCGUGCGUGCCCUCAAAGUUUCGACCGGCGAGUCGGUUGCGCCAUCUCAGGAUCGGAGUAUCACACAAAGCGAGUCUGUCGCCCACAAUCGGAUCGCCUCGCUCUUUACGGCAUCGCCUACCUCUCCUCGCCGCCUACACCGUCGUCGGUGGUCCACGGUCGGAUCUCAACUCGAUUGCGACAUCCUCAACGCUGUCCCCGUCACGACUGAGCCCGGAUUUCCCCUGAGUUUCCGAGAUCACCGGCUCUCAUUCUGCACCAUCCAGAAAACGAGGGCCUGUUCGCGCACAUUGAGACAAUCGCAGAACUUGGAACCAUGGCAGACUUGGGAGGUCAGCGUAACCGGAACUACCGGCCCUAUGGCAAUGGACCUGCCUCCUCCGUGCAACGAGAUGCCGCGACGCUCUCAGACAAUGAAUUCGCAAACUCCUCAGUUCAACCAAGGUCGCGCGCACACAAUGUCGUCGCACGUGGCCCACCCUCAAUUUCAGAGACCUCCGCCGCCGCCCACUCGGCAAUCAAUGGCAAAUGGCUACGCCCCCUCACAGCCCGCGCCUCAAAAUGGAUAUCCCCCAGCACCACCACCGGGCAAAUAUCAAGCGUACACGCCUGCGGCAGGGUCAGCAUCCCCCCAGCCUCCACCCGCACGUCAAUAUCCCGGAGCGGCGGGGCGCUUCGCCUACCCAAGACCUCAACGCCUGGACUCUAGGCCUGCUCCACCACCUCAGUAUGCAGAUCCUCGCGAUCUUGGCCGACCAAUGCCGCCUCCCGCCUUAAAUUCUGACGCUACACGAUCACGCUCGAUGGCCAAGCUCAGUGGACCGUCCUUCAUGCCAGGUUCGACGCCGUCACCUCCAUUCAAUCCGAAUCCUACCGCUGUCACGCGUCAAAACCAAUACCAUCAUAAUGCUGCAGCAAUGACCCAACUAGGAAGACCUGUGCCGGACAGGCAUCGGGACGAGAGAGCAAUGUCAAUGACGUCGUAUGCAACCGAAUCGAACCACACGCAUAUCAUGAACAGCGGCAGGCCCAUUCCAAACCGACGGCCUCCCUCGGGCCCCGAACAAGUGACUCCGCCGCCCAGAUACGACUCGAUGCCGAAUCAUGUUGCGGAAAUGUACGCCAACAAGACUCGCCCACCCAGUGACGCUUCUUCCCGUUCUCGUACAAUGUCCAUGGCUUCGACAAUCACCCCAGAUCGAACGAUGAGCGUACAGAGUCAGGCUACACAAAGUUCUAAUGGCCAGAACACUCUUGUGUCGCGAGACUCCCGGCGCCGAGUCCCCGUGGUAUAUCCAGCCCUUUUGUCACGGGUUGCUGAUGUGUUUCGUGAAAAGAUCUCGCUCGGUGAGAGGCAGAAGAACGGCCUGUCGUAUCAAAAUGCUUUCUCUGGCACCGAUGCUGUUGAUCUGAUUGCAAAUAUCAUUCGAACCAAUGACCGCAACCUGGCUCUCCUUCUAGGCCGCGCAUUGGAUGCGCAAAAGUUUUUCCAUGAUGUCACCUACGACCACCGCCUUCGAGACGCACCAGGGGAGGUCUACCAAUUCAAGGAGACACUGACUGAAGAUCGUGCAGUCGGCACAGAAGUCAACGGCGUGUUCACCCUCCUCACCGAAUGCUAUUCGCCGACUUGCACUCGGGACAGUCUCUGCUAUUCGAUUGCGUGCCCGCGGCGCCUCGAGCAACAGGCGCGCUUGAAUCUGAAACCUCAGCCAAUCCUGAGGACGUCCGGCUCCAAGGGGAGCCUGCGUAUCGACGAUGAUGACGACAACGACAACCAGAAAUUGUGGAUUAACAUGGUCCCCAAGGAAGUGUCCGAAAGUGUUGAUGACCAUGAAAAGAAGCGGCAGGAGAUCAUCUUCGAAAUCAUGUAUACUGAGCGUGACUUUGUCAAGGAUCUGGAAUACCUCCGAGAUUUCUGGAUGCGUCCUCUUCGCGCGGCUGGCGCGAAUACUCACUCCCCAAUUCCUGAACAUAGGCGCGAGAAGUUCAUUCGCACCGUGUUCGGAAAUUGCUUGGAAGUUUUGAAGGUCAACAGCGCACUUUGCGAGGCUCUGAAUGCUCGGCAGAAAGAGAGUCAUGUGGUGAAAACUGUGGGAGAUAUUUUCCUCCAGCAUGUACCACGCUUCGAUCCGUUCAUCAAGUAUGGUGCCAACCAGCUGUACGGAAAAUUCGAAUUUGAGAAGGAGAAGAGUUCAAACCCGGCCUUUGCCAAGUUUGUGGAGGAUACUGAACGAUUGAAGGAAUCUCGCAAGCUCGAGCUGAACGGAUACCUCACAAAACCAACCACUCGUCUUGCCCGAUAUCCACUCCUGCUAGAAUCGGUGCUUAAGAACACAGGUGACGACAAUCCUGACAAGGAAGAUAUCCCCAAGGCAGUGAAGCUCAUCAAGAGCUUCCUAUCGCGGGUGAAUGCCGAGAGUGGCAAGGCAGAAAACCACUUCAAUCUUGUGCAGCUGAACAAUUCAUUGAAAUUUAACCCUGGCGACUAUGUGGAUCUGAAGCUCACCGAGGAGAAUCGCCAAAUGCUCACAAAGAUGGCUUUCAAGAAGACAACCGGAGAAAGCUCUGAGGUCACUGCCUAUUUAUUCGAUCAUGCUGUGCUCCUUGUUCGGAUCAAGGUUGUGAACAAGCGCGAAGAGUACCGGGUGUACAAGAAACCCAUUCCUUUGGAACUUUUGGUGAUUGCUCAAAUGGAUGAAGUCAUUCCUCGCCUUGGUAUCUCCAAGCGGCCUUCAUCUAGUCUUCUGUCCAACAAAGUCGCGCCUAACCCUCCGCCUACUAAAGAUGGGCAGCUGCCGAUCACCUUCCGUCAUCUCGGCAAAGGCGGAUAUGAGCAGACUCUGUACGCUACAUCCCCGACACAGCGAAGGAAAUUCAUCGAGAUGGUCGAGGAACAGCAGCGAAAAUUGUGGGAGCGGAACAGCAAUUUCUACAACAAGACUGUGCUGUGCGAAAACUUCUUCUCUGCAAUUAAUCGCGUGAACUGUUGCGUUCCAGUGGAUGGUGGACGAAAACUGGUAUUUGGUACUGACAGCGGAAUCUACUUGUCCGAGAGGUGGCCAAAGGACAAGAACGCCAAACCAAGGAAAGUUCUUGAGGCAAGUCAGGUUACCCAGAUUGACACACUAGAAGAGUACCAGUUGCUCUUGGUAUUGGCCAACAAGACUCUGCAGUCCUAUCCACUGGACGCACUUGAAAUUGGCGAGGGACAGAAUACCAUGGCAAAGCGCCCCAAGAAGAUUCAGGGUCAUGCCAACUUCUUCAAAGCAGGAAUUGGCCUAGGGCGCCAUCUGGUGUGCUCCGUAAAGACCUCGGCGUUGUCCAGUACAAUCAAGGUGUACGAGCCGAUGGACAAUCUCGCAAAGGGGAAAAAGAAAUCGGCUGUUAGCAAGAUGUUCCAGAGCGGUCAGGACACACUCAAGCCAUUCAAGGAGUAUUAUAUUCCCGCUGAAUCCUCUUCGAUUCAUUUCCUACGAUCAACUCUGUGUGUCGGCUGUGCACGUGGCUUUGAGGUUGUCAGUCUCGAAACUACGGAAACUCAGUCGCUCCUGGAUCAAGCCGAUACAUCUCUUGACUUUGUUGCCCGCAAGGAGAACGUGAAGCCAAUUCACAUUGAGCGCAUGAAUGGGGAAUUCCUUCUCAACUACAGCGAUUUCUCGUUCUUCGUCAAUCGCAAUGGCUGGCGUGCUCGUCCAGAUUGGAGGAUUUCGUGGGAAGGCAAUCCCAAUGCCUUCGCACUGUCUUAUCCCUACAUUCUCGCGUUUGAGCCCAACUUCAUCGAAAUCCGCCAUGUUGAGACCAGUGAGUUGAUCCACAUCAUGACAGGAAAGAAUAUUCGCAUGUUGCAUUCUUCCACCCGUGAGAUAAUUUACGCCUAUGAAGAUGAAACUGGCGAGGAUGUGGUCGCUAGUCUGGACUUCUGGAGCAAGCCACAACAAGUCUGA